AUGCAUAUAAUAGCCAGACGAGCUGCGAUAGGCUUCGGCUCUCCAGUCCUCAGCUCGCUGUGCACCGGCAGACUCACCGGCAGGUUCUCCACCAUGGCUCAGCUCUCCUCUGAACAAGUGGUAUUCAACAAGCCCAAGGUUGAGCUGCAUGUGCACCUUGAUGGAGCCAUCAGGGUUCAGACCAUUCUUGAUGUUGCUAAAAGACGCGGCAUCACUCUGCCAGCUGAUACCGUUGAGGGAAUGACACAGAGGAUUACUGUUGACAAGCCCGCCACUCUCACCUUCUUCUUGAGCAAGUUCAGCGAGUACAUGCACGUGGUUGCCGGGGACAGAGAAGCCAUUAAGAGGAUAGCCUAUGAGUUCGUAGAGGACAAAGCCAAGGAGGGAGUGAUUUAUGUUGAGGUCCGAUACAGCCCACAUUUCCUAGCUAACAGUAAAGUGGAGCCCAUUCCAUGGGAGCAGAGCGAAGGUGACUUGAGUCCGGAUGAGGUGGUUCACCUGGUUAACGAGGGCCUCCGCGAGGGGGAGAGGGCCUUCAAAAUCAAAGCCAGGUCCAUUCUAUGCUGCAUGCGCCACAUGCCAAGCUGGUCCAUGGAUGUCGUGGAACUGUGUAAGAAGUAUCAGCAUGAGGGAGUGGUUGCCAUAGAUCUGGCAGGUGAUGAAUCACUCAACACUGAAGCCUAUCCAGACCACAGAAAGGCCUAUGAGGAAGCGGUGCGUUGUGGAGUCCACAGGACAGUCCAUGCGGGAGAGGUGGGCCCAGCGUCUGUGGUGAAGGAGGCUGUAGAAGUGCUGAAAGCAGAACGUGUUGGACACGGUUACAGAACCCUGGAAGACCAAGAACUGUACAAGAAACUGCUGGCUCAAAACAUGCACUUUGAGGUGUGUCCUAUUUCCAGUAAGCUGACAGGUGCCUGCGACCCAGACUUCACCAAACACCCUGUCAUCACGUUCAGGAAGGACAAGGCCAACUACUCCCUGAAUACAGAUGACCCUCUGAUCUUCAACUCAUCUCUGCACCUUGACUACACCACCACGUACAGAUACAUGGGGUUCACCGAGGAGGAAUUCAAACGACUAAAUAUCUGCUCUGCAGAGUCAUGCUUCCUACCAGACGACGAGAAGAAAGAGCUCCUCCACAAGCUGUAUGAGGCCUAUGGGAUGAUACGGAGCACCGCCUUUUAAAACUGAGCAGGAAAACAGAGGAGAAAAAUGUGGCUUAACCCAAGAACAAAUCACUCGAAACCCUUAACCUCCUCACCUGACACAAUGGAAUGUGUUUUUACUUCAUUGUAACCCAACAUAAAGCCUACAGAAUAAUAUAUCGGAUGUGUGGCUACUGCUAUAUUGCUGCACCUCAUGUACCCCAACAUCAUCAGCUUUUGUUUUGUCAAUCCUUCAUUCGAGCAUAGUUUUAAUGUGUUAGUUUAAGGUGCUGUUUUCAGGGGAAGCUGCGGUCCUCUGCAAGGUGCAAAAAUAGAGUGAUGCAAUUUUGUUUUCUGUCUAUAUCAAGACUCUGGAUACAUUCUUUUUCUUGGGUUUACAUUUUUGUAAUACAGAGAAUCAGGGAAGCUGUAAAUGCACAAUUACUCAACAUUUUUUGUCAGCCUGAAAAGAAAGGAGAGCCAAGAUCACUUUGUUGGGUCACUUCUGUCUUUGCUAAAAUAUUACAGUGGUCUGCGGGGAUGAAAACAUGCAGCGAAUGAUUAGCUCAAAGCUGUACAGGCUAAAAACAUACUACCUAUGGAAAUAUUUUGUUUGCUAUGAAUAUCUGUUGUUCGGUUAAAUGGUGAAGUCUGGGGAUCCACUGUCAGAAACAUAUGUGCUUUUUGCUUUCCACAUGCAAAACUACAGGACAUAUCAGGUGAAACAGCUCAAUACCAAAAAGUUUAGUCUUAAAUUUGAACACUAGGUGGCACUACUCUCGCCUAGAUGGACAAACCACCUAAUGUGGUUUUACAUUUGAUAAUUACUCUCAGUUCUUUUGAUGUAUAUAUUUAUUUAAAAUAUGGUUGAAUUCACUAAGCAACAAAAAAAAAGCACUUCCAUUUAUAACAUGUAUGGCACUUACAUCUUUGACUAUAAUAAAGGCCUAUGAUAAAACCUUU